AUUUAAUGGAUUUACCUCCACUCUCUGAAUUAGAAUUAUAGAAUGUCUAUGCUUGGGUAAAUAAAUAAAUACUAUUUAAAGAUUGAUAAAAUUCCUCUAUCAAGACCAAAAAAGAACAUUCAAAGAGAUUUUGCAGAUGGAGCUAUGGUUGCUGAAGUUGUGUAUCAUUACCUCCCAAAAUUAGUUGAGAAGCACAAUUAUCCUUAAGCUCAUAGUAUCUAAUAAAAAUAAUAUAAUUGGAGCACACUCAAUUUGAAAGUAUAAUAGAUUUCAAUUAUUAGGUUUUCAAAAAACUUGGGUUUCAAUUAUCAAAAAAUGAUAUUGAUAGUAUUAUUGCUUGUUCACCUGAAGCUGUUGAAAGAGUUUUAAAGUUUUUAUAAAUCAAAAUUGAAAAAUAUUUGGAACAAUAGAAAGAAUUAGAAAAGAAAGCACUUGAACAAUAAAAACAAUAGUAAUAUUAAUAGCAACAAAAAUAGUAAGUGUAGGAAGAUCCCCUACAAAACUAAGAUUUAAGAUUGGUAUUAGCUGAAAAAAAUUAAGCAAUAACAGAAUUAAAGGAAACUGUCGAAAUUUUAUAAUUAAAAGUUAAAAAACUAGAAUAACUUUUACAAAUCAAAGAUAAUAAAAUUUAAGGAUUAAUCAAUUAAUUGCAAGGUAAGUAAUGAAUUCUAAUUAUUUUCAAUUUUUUCAAAUGUAAUUUUUUUAUAUUAAUUUUUCUUAUUUUUAAUAACAUAAUUAUAAAUAUUAUACAUAGCCAAUAUAUUCUAAUGUCAAGUUAGAGUGAUAAAGAGAGUGAUGUUUAGGAUGUAGAAAUUAUUGAUAAUUAUUCUAAUGAUUAUGAAGAGAGCUAAAAUUCAAGUGAAGUUUUAUAAACUCAAAUUAAAAACGAGUACUAAGCAUUGCUAUUUUUAUUAUUAUUAUUAUUUUUUUAGUGUAAAUCUGAUAACAAUAACAUAUCUCAUUAAGAAUCAAUUUCUAAUAAAUUACGUAUGCAUUAUAAAGCAUCUUUAAAAAUCAUUCAUGUUAAAAGCAUCAAAAAUCAAUGAAAAAAUUAUGAACUAAAGAAAAUAGCUGAAAGAUUAAUUCAAGGAGUUCUAAUGUAAUCUUUUUAAAAAUAACUUAAUUACAUUUAAUGCAGCAAGAAAAAAUCUCAAAGAUUGUGAAAUACCAUACUAAACUGAUAAUUUUCCAUUGUAAUUAAAAACUUAAGAAAAGUUUGUGAUUUUAACUGCAUAGAAUCUCUUUAUUUGGAAAGGAACUUAAGAAUAAUUUAUUAAAACAAAUUUAGAGAAUGAGAACUCUAUUAAGAAAGUAGAAUAAGAUGGAAGAAUUGCAUUUAAAUAAUGUAGACCCUAUUAAAAAAGAAAAUUUGACUUUUGA